ACUCUCACGGCAAGAGCCGGCUGCUCUUUGCAAGUGAAAGCAGGCAUUAAGAGUCGAGCGCGUACCCGCCCGAUGAGAGGCAGGCAGGGAGGAGACAGGUUGUCCAGCUAUUCCAAAGUCAGAGUUUACCUUUGUGGCGGAUGUUUAGUGUACCCCGCUUCCAAAACAAAAAGCGGUGCGUGCGCUGGAGCUGUGGGUUUUUGUUUUGUAGCUUGAGCUGUCAGCUGCGCACUGCAAACACAGCAGCUCGAGAGCCUCGGGCUCCCAGUGUGACAGUUACAACCGUUGGGCUCGCGAGCCAGACAGGACUGGGAUUUCUGGGCUGCCGUUUCACACUCGGCUCGCGCUCUGGUAUUGCCAUUCCUCCCGCUCCAACUGUCAAUGAAGCCUCUUACUACCACCCCCACCCCACCAUUAAAUCUCAUUAACUUUUAACAUCUACGAAAGUAGAUCCUUCGAUGCAUUUUUCAAAUUCAAAUUGCUUAUUUAUCAUUUGACCGUAUUUUUCACUGAAGAUUGUUUCCAUUGCUGCAUCAUGUGCGAGGAAAAUGCAUUCAAAUUGGUGAAGAUGUUGCCCAGCUUUGUUACUUUCUUGAGUUCAUUUGCAAGUCGAUUUGUAUGCAGUUUGGAGCACAAUGCAGGACAACAUAAAAUAGCCAUUUAAUGCUUGGUAACCAAGGACAUAGGUUUAAGGUGAUUAGGAAAGGAACCAGAGCUUAUGAGAAGGAACAUCUCUUGACAUGAUGUUGUAAUUAGGCAAUUCAUUUGGAGGACAAACUGAAGAACAGGAGACUCCAGCAUCAAAUUUCCAGUUUUGCUUGAGGACCUUCCCCCCCCGACCCCCCAACAACUAACAUCAAUCAUCAGAGCAAAACUAAAAUGGAAUGUGAUGAUGACCCUUUGGUGCAGCAUCUGUGGCUCGAGGAAGAAGAAGACAACGUGUUGGUAAACUCUUAUAGAGGUCAAAGCCUGUGCAAGAAAUGUCACUGUAACUUUAAAAGAUUAUUCUAUGAUUUGCAAGUUAAAGGUUUUUGGGGAAUCAUUGGGUGGAUAUUUACUAACCCAUAUUGCACUGCCUUAAUAUUAGUAAUAGGUUGCAUAAUCCCAACAAUUCUGACUGUUGUUAUGCUUUUACGUUGUUCUGCCCUUGAUAUUGAUAUAUCCUACAAUGCCUUUGAGAUUCGUAACCAUAUAUCCUCACUGCGCUUUGAUGCACUGACCCUUGCUUUAAAAUCACAGUUUGGGUCCUGGGGCAGGAACAGACGUGAUUUGGCCGAGUACACAUCUGCCACCUUAGAGAAACUCAUCAUCGAAGAGCUGCAAAAACUGCACAAUAAUUCUUCUCAGCUAGUCGAUGCCUCCCAUGGCAAAACUAUUUACAAAUCAGGUGAAGCCCAAGGGCCUGAUGGAAUUCAGUUGAGCAAAAGAGACUUGUUCUCACAACCUGCGACUAAGAAGAGCCAAGACAGAUACAAAAUGCGGAAAACAAGAGCAGUGACACACAUGAGCUAUCCAAACACUUACAUUAAUGGAGAUACUCAGACACAUGCACUAUGGAGGAUGGAGCUUGUAUUUCUAGCAAGAGGUGAUGAUGAAAGGAAUAUCUUCACAAAAGAACGUUUGCUGACAAUUCACGAUAUUGAGAAGAAAGUCAUGGACCACCCUAGGUUUCGAGAAUUUUGCUGGAAACCUCAUGAAGUCCUCAAGGACAUGCCGCUUGGUUCAUAUUCCUAUUGCUCACCUCCCAGUUCGCUCAUGACCUAUUUUUUUCCAACAGCACAAGGUGGAAGGAUUUACUAUGAUGGGAUGGGGCAAAAGUUGGCAGAUAUUCAUGGUUCACUCAAGCUGGCUAUUACUCAUCCUGAGUUUUACUGGUAUGUUGAUGAGGGACUAACAGCCGAAAACAUGAAAAGCUCACUGCUUCGUAGUGAGAUCUUGUUUGGAGCCCCACUUCCCAAUUACUACUCAGUGGAUGACCGAUGGGAAGAGCAGCACAGAAAGUUUCAGAAGUUUGUGAUCUCUUAUGCUGAUCUUUUGGCUUCACAAUCCACUAAGAAAGUGCAAGUCCUGUAUGGUGGAACAGAUCUAUUUGACUAUGAAGUACGACGAACAUUUAAGAACGAUAUGAUGCUGGCUUUUAUCAGCAGUGGAUGCAUAGCAGUUCUGGUGUAUGUUCUCACCUCAUUUUCAGCCUUUCUGACGUUCUUUGGAAUUGCCAGUAUUGGUUUGAGCUGCCUGAUUGCCCUGUUUCUAUACCACGUAGUGUUUGGCAUCCAGUACCUGGGCAUCUUAAAUGGAGUGGCAGCCUUUGUCAUUGUGGGUAUUGGAGUGGAUGAUGUCUUUGUGUUCAUCAAUACUUUCCGGCAAGCAAGUCACCUUCACGACCCACAGGAGAGGAUGAUUCAUACCAUUAAAACAGCAGGGAAAGCCACAUUUUUCACCUCAUUCACCACAGCUGCUGCCUAUGCAGCAAAUAUAUUUUCCCAGAUCCCAGCUGUCCAUGACUUUGGACUGUUCAUGUCUUUGAUAGUUGCUUGCUGCUGGAUGGCUGUUCUGUUCCUUAUGCCAGCAGCACUUUGUAUUUGGAGCCUGUACAUCUCCCCUCUAGAUGCAUCCUGCUACUCCAGCUGCCAACAUAUGUGUAAGAAGAAAGAUAGCAGCACGACCCAGAAUUCAGGAGAGUGUGACCAGUCACUUCUAGUCACAGACCAGGAUUUAUUGGUGAUUGGUGGAAUACUUCAGUACUUGGAUGAUGAUAUUCCUCUUCUAGCCAUUGAGGAAGAAGCAGGUGUUUCCUUUCUUCCUGGAGCCUCUUUGGACAAUGGGGACGUGCCUUUGGUUUCACUGGUGCCAGAGGCACCCCUGCCUGAAGAUGGAAGACAUAACCCUUGUCAAAUGAUAACAAGACUGCAAGAUGUACUUUAUCACUUUGUUGCACUUCCUGCAGUAAAGAGUAAAUGGAUCAUUUUAGGCCUUUAUAUCAUUACCCUGGUGAUGUCCAUAGGAUUUGCAACCCAACUACGAGCAGCCAGCAGAACGCCACUGCUCUUCAGCCCUGAUACCAACAUUCAGGUCCUCCUCGAUCUCAAGUAUAAUCUCAGUGCAGAGGGCAUUUCCUGCAUCACAUGCUCAGGUGUGUUUCAGGAAAAACCUCAACCUCUGCUAAAUAACAUGCAAACAUCCUCAGACAAGAAGAAACAAGGAGAGAAUCUCCCAUGGAAUAAAGGAGGUGGCUUACAGACCGUUUAUGUCACCAAAUAUGAAGAUGAUGUACAACCUGCCAUCUACAGAUUUUCUUUGGAUUCCUCUGUUCCCUGGCCGUGGCAUUUGCCAUCAACAAGGAAUGGGGAGAUCCCAUCAUUUAAAGUUUACACGGCAUCCUAUGGUAACUUUACAAAGAAGCUGACUGUCUGCUCUUCCGUUGUUGGGUUGCCAAGUCCCAAGUGUCCAAAAAAGUGGAUGAUCACAUCAUUAUCAUGCAAUACAAGGAAAGGUUGGAAGCUUGAUUUCCAUUUCUAUGCAUCAGCCACUAAACAACAUCACACUCAGAAGCUAUACUUCGCUCAGCUGCGGAAGACCCCCUAUCACAGUCGGAUCUGCCUAGCACCACCUGGCUGCAUUCUUAAUGCAGGACCCAAUGGUCCAAAUAAAGGAUUUUUCUAUGUUCCUGAUGAGAAAGUCUCGAAUGUUGAGGAGACUCCAACAUUUGACUUCAAUCCCUGCAUGAACAAUGGUUGUGGGAAGCCAGCAGUGCGCCCUCUAGUGGACACAGGUGCUAUGGUCUUCGUUGUCUUUGGUAUUCUGGGAGUGAAUCGCACAAGAAAGCAAGAUAAUCAUGUGAUAGGCGAUAUGGGCAGUGUCAUCUACGAUGAGAAUUUUGACCUAUUCCAAGAAAUUGGAAAUCUGUGUAAGAUUUGCAAAGCUAUCAGCAGUAAUUCGGAAUUGGUGAAGCCAGGAGGUGCUCAGUGUUUGCCUUCAGGUUACAGCGUUUCAACUUUCGUGCAAAUGUUACACCCAGAGUGUAAGAGUAUUCCAGAGCCUAACUUGCUUCCUGGACAACUGUCUCAUGGUGCUGUUGGAGUAAAAGAUGGCAAAGUCCAGUGGAUUUCAAUGGCCUUUGAAUCUACAACCUACAAAGGAAAGUCCUCAUUUCAGACAUAUGCAGACUACUUGAAAUGGGAGAACUACCUUCAAGAGCAGCUACAUCAGUUUUCAGAACAAUCGUCACUACGUCAUGGAUUCCAGACUUGUGAGCACUGGAAACAGAUUUUCAUGGAAAUAAUAGGUGUUCAGAGUGCAAUGUAUAGUUUGAUUCUCUCCCUGGUAAUCUGUAUUGCUGCAGUCGCUAUUUUCACCACCCAUGUUCUACUCCUUUUACCAGUCCUGCUGACCAUUCUAGGUGUUAUCUGCUUGAUGGUUGCCAUCAUGUACUGGUUUAGCUGGGAGAUGGGAGCAGUGGAAGCCAUCUCUCUGUCCAUCCUGGUAGGCUCCUCUGUGGAUUAUUGCGUCCAUCUCGUUGAGGGUUACCUGCUGGCAGGAGAAAACCUUCCAAUAACCGAGACUGAUGAUAAAUACAAAAUGGGGAAAUGGAGAACUCUAGCUGCUGUGAGGCAUGUUGGUGUUGCCAUUGUGUCGAGUGCAAUCACUACAGUCAUAGCGACUAUCCCCCUCUUCUUUUGCAUCAUCACUCCAUUUGCGAAGUUUGGAAAGAUUGUUGCCCUGAACACAGGCAUCUCUAUAUUCUACACCUUGACAGUCAACACAGCUCUGCUCAGCAUCCUGGCUCCAAGUGACUUCUAUCGCUCAAGGAGAUCUUUUAUUAAAGCAGUCCUGGGAGUAGUGGCCAUAGGAGGUGGAGGAUUCUGUGUCUGUCUUGUAUUGAUUAAAUUAGGAUUCAAAAUCCCACUCCCCAAUGGAUCUACAAUGUAAUUUGUUUAUACUACUUUAAUACAAGCGCUAACAGAAAUAACAUUUUAAAAAGGGAACUUCAUCACAAUGCAAAAACUGGGACUAUUGCCACUUUUUUUUGUAUAAGUUGUUUCCUUCCUUUUUAUGGCAGAUGAUUGUUGAUUUGGUGAAGCUAUAAGUAAUGACUUAAUUGCAAGCAGUGGUGUGACUGCAGCUUUUCCUGCCGGUUAGACAUGCAACAAUGGUCAAACUCCUUCUGAUUUUCCACCAUUUGUAAGGAAAGCCAUUGAAACAAAUGAAAGUGCAUUUUGCGAGCAACAGGUUCUAGAUACAUGUAAGACACAUUAUACCCUUUGCAUAUAGUUGUAAGGAAAUCUGUUCAGUGCAUUUGAAAGCAGGCAGCUAUCCAGUUAAUGUUGAGGUACUCUUCUUAAUUUUCUUCACCUAUUUUCCCACUACCAUCUGUCAUGCUCUAAAACUUCAAAUGUUUAACCAAGAUUAUGUCAGUUGGACAGCCUUCCAAGUAUUGUAGCAGUGUUCAUGAUCAACUGGUGGAAGUGUAAUCAUGAUGGGCAUGAUCACUUCAUCCCCAGUCUUUUCCUAAUCUCGUGAAGAAAUAUCACCCGAAAGACUAACUAACAAAAGGUGGUUCCCAACAGAAAUUCAAUGAUGUGGGUCACUGAGACUCAACUCUCCAAGCUCUGGGCUAAAGUGAAAUUAAGUUUUGAGAUAAAGCUUCCUAUUAAUUAUUUUCCUCUUUAUUCUUGCUCUACAUUUUUUCUAUUCUCCAGUUUCUCUCAUUUACACCUAUUCCCCUACAAUCACAAGGAAUACAGGCAUACACAAUAUCACCCAAGUGCCAUUCUUCACCCAUUUAGUCUAUCUGGACAUUCAAGUAAACACUGCCAACAGGGGUUACUGCAAUGAUCACCUAGACCAAUGUAUAUUGUACCUUUUUAGUCCACCAACCAUAAAGCCAGAUAGAACAGACCCCUUCCAUUACCAUCAACAAUGAUGCUAAUGGCUGGACCUACAUCAUGCUGUGUUAUGCCAAGUAUUCCAAUACUCAUGUUGUCAGUGAGGUCAAAAUUCCUACUGGUUUAAGUCUUUUAGAAACUCAGGACAUCUAAGAACAUGUUGGCCUGGUAACAAUUCUUCAAGUACAGCUACUGUUAUGUAGGUGAUAAACGUGUUAGCUAAUUUAGAUACAUAAUAGUCCCACAGCAAUAGAAAAGUUUUAUGACUAAACAGUGAGCUUUGGUGAGCUAGGUUGGUGUGAGAAAUUUUAGGGCAUCUAUGCAAAAUCAAUGAUUUUGUCCAAACAGUGAAACAACUCCUCAUGGAUAGAUGGAUUUGGUUUAAUAACUCAUUCACGAGGUGACACCUCCAACACUGCACCUUCCUCAGAACCAUGCUCAAAUACAAGCGAAUCUAUCAUUUCUGUCACUAGUGAAAUCUAUCAAAUGAAUGUACUCAUGCAAAAAGUACCUACCUACUUUUUUCACAGGUUGCUUCUUUGAAGGAAAAUUUCCUUUCAGCUAAAGUGGUCCCAUAUUAGGCAGAAAGGAAAACCUUAAGAGAUCAAACUGCUCCAAUCUGAGCAAUUGUAGAUUCUAAGUAAUAAAGACAAAUUAUAUAAAGUAAGUCUGUUGAUCAUGAGUGCAUUUAUAAAUAGGUGCUUAGCCCAGUUGCAACUAAAAUAGUUAAUCCACUGUAACAGUGCAAGGUAGGUAUCAUUAAUGAGGUGGUUAAUGGCUCAUUUGAUAAAGAUAUACGACAUUGAAUCUCAUGGAGCAGAGGUUGUUGCUCUGAAGUUGUAAUAAAGUUGAUUCAAAGCCUUAGCUCACCUGGGCUAGGGAGUAGUAAAAUAGUGCCCUUUAUUCCCAUUCCUGCUUAUUGCCCAGUAACUUCUGGUGGAAAAAUACAUCAAUGAAAUUUGGGUUAAUGUUUCCCCUUCCAGCCAUAUUUGAAUUGAUCACCAACUUAGGCUUAGGAAUUCAAGCACAUCCAUUUCUCACCCAAUAGUGAAGUCAGAUCACCAGGAGCAUGCAGACCUGAGCUGUUUGCCCUAUCUUGAACUUUUUCUCUUGAAAAAAAUUAAAUACUUUCAUAGCUGGUGUAAAGCCUGUUCAGGAAUGCAACAUAAGUAAAUCAGGUGGAUUGUCAAAGCCCUCCAGCAGUCACAGUCAUGUUCAGUCUCUGCCUAGACACUGUUCUCUUUUGCUUCCCCAAAUAGUGCUCAACCUCCAGCCGCUGCAUAACAAACAAAUGGACAAUACUCAUUCCUUCCCCUCCACCACGUUUGAUAGUGCUUACCUCCUCCUCACGCAACUUCUACAAUGCCUGGUAUUGGAAGAGUCAGAAUUAUUGGAGGUGUAAGGGUGUUAAAUCUUUUUGUGAAGUGAGGUGGAAAGAACACUAUCAGAGUAAGAGAAGGGCUUGAACACUCUCAGUGGAUGAGAAGGGAGGUGAACACAGGGGUUCAAGGCAAAAGAGGGAAUGAAGGAGGGGGUGAAUGAUAGAAGGUGAGCAUGGUUGGGGGACAUAAUAUGCUUUGUGGGCAUUGACCUAAAAAUCUUAAGACAAGGUAAGUUGAUGAACUCAAAGAAGACAUUAAAUAUCAUAUUUGCCGGAGAUUGUUGUAAAUUCAUCAUUCACAUGUGUCCAAAUGUUAACAGAGUGCUUGAAAAAGUAUUUCCAGAGCAUUCAGUAUUCACAACACAUGCCCUGCCAAUUUUUCAGUGCACGCUUCAGCAUGGAACUAUCCAAACAAUAGCUGGUAAUAAUACAUAUCUAUCCAUUGCGUUUUAUAUAUCCACAACCCAAAAAAAAAUCAAUAAACUUGUGAAUUCUGUCCUGGAUUUUUUUAGAACUCUCCAAAUCUAAUCCCACUGCUCCCUUUUUCUCCCUAUGGACCUAUAUCUUCGUAUGAUUCAUGUUCAUUCAGUUUCCCAUAAAGUAUGUGGUACCCUCUGCCUCAGUUACUACUGGUGGCACAACAUUCCUUUAUCCAACAACCCUGGCUGUCUGGUCCACAAAGCCAAGGUACAUUUUGUUUGCUGUAUUUUGUUUAUCUGUUUCUAGCUAUUUCAUUUUCAUGGUCAAGCAUAAACAAGUUGAUAAUUAUAUUUAAUAUUGACACUUAAACAUUUGGAGAUUGUUGAUAAAAAUGCACAAAUGCAAUCUUAAUACAAUUUAAUGAAAAUCGGACAGUUACUGUCAAUAUACAACAAAAUAACUUAAUGGCCAUUGUAACUUAUAUUUCAAUACAUAGAUAUACAAAAAUAAAUUAAUAUAAAUUGCAUCUUUCUAGUUAAGUGGUGGGAAAUGAUAAAUAACACAAAUUGCUUGAGAAAGCAGCCCAUGAAACAAAAUGAAGAAUUGGGUAGAAUGUGAUGCAGCAGUUGCUACCUUUUACCCACAUUCCCAAUACAGACACUCAGUGUGGGAGCUCUGCAGUGGGGUCACUAAUUUUUGAAGUUGAUUUACUGUCUACAUAUACCCGUUUUAACAGAAUGGAGAUGUCUGACCAGACAUGAUGUUGACAUCCAAUGCUGCAGUCCGCAAACCUGCUUCAUUGUUCCUUUGUAGUCAAAAUUGAAUAAGAGCAUUUGCAAAGAGACAUUAAAAGUUCAUUGAAUAAAUUUCUUCUGUGGCUGGUGUCAAUUAAGUGAAGUGGAAAUAUAAAACAAGUUGCCCCAUUUUAUAAUUAGAGACCAAACUAAAACCCGAUAUAUUAUAACGAGAGAACUAGUUAACCAGGAAUGAAAAGCAAUUAAUUCUGAAAGACUGAACUGUCCAGUACAUCUACAUUAGCAUCAAAAUCUAACAAAGUUUUGGAAAUAGUCUGAAUGAUUCUAAUUACUGCAUAUUGUUAGAGUUAGUACUUUCUUUUUCCAUAUUGUGUAAAUUUCUUAAGUAAUUUUGUAGAAAAGGAAUCUUUGAACAAUGUUCCCUGUUUUAGGAACUGUUGUCGAAUUAUUUGACAUUCAAAUUGUUGUAUUACUGCUGCUUUAACUCAAUCCAAAAUAAAUUUCUAUUCAUUGUCAAUGAGAAUCUUUUCGGGAGUUGACUCUCCUUGUAUAUUUUUGUCUCUGUUGUUUCCUGCCCUUUCCUUUCUC